AUGCCGCUCUAUCAACCCCCAAAUGUGCAUGCGCCGGUGCUGUCGCAAUUUUCCUUGGCUGAUAAAAUUGUCGCUGUGACUGGUGGUGCCCGCGGCAUCGGCCUUGAAGUGGUCCGUGGUAUGGCCGAGGCAGGAGCAGACGUUGCCCUGAUCUACACGAGCACCCUGGACGCACCCGAGUUGGCCGCUCAGAUCGCCAAGGAGACGGGACGUCGAAUCCAGGCAUACAAGUCCGAUGUCACCAGCAGGAGCGAGAUUGCCGCAACCAUCAACCAGGUCGUUGAAGAUUUCGGCAAACUGGACGUUGUCAUUGCCAAUGCUGGCACUUGCACCAACCGCCCUAACCUGGAAUACGACGAGGAGAGCUGGGCUCGAGACAACCGAGUCAACUAUGAUGGUGUGAUGUGGACUGCUCAAGCAGCUGGCAAGAUCUUCAAGAAGCAGGGCAAGGGAAAUCUGAUUAUUACGGCUUCGGUCAGCGCGAUUUUGGUCAACAUCCCUCAAACACAGGCCGCGUAUAACGCGUCAAAGGCUGCAGCUGUCCAUCUGGCGAAGAGUCUGGCAGUCGAGUGGACCGAUUUUGCUCGGGUUAACUGUAUCUCACCUGGCUUCAUGUUGACCAAGAUGCUCACCCAGCAGCCGCCUGAACUCAUGGAGAAGUGGUUGUCUAUGAUCCCUGGUGGUCGGAUCUGUGAUCCUGCUGAACUCAAAUCCGCCUAUGUCUUCUUGGCCAGUGACGCCUGUUGCUACAUGACUGGCGCAAACAUUGUCAUCGACGGUGGAUAUACUCUGCCUUGA